UCGAUUUUUUUGCCUGCUUUCUCGCACCUCCUACAAGCUGCGCUGGCGCGGCUGAUGGACGUCUGCCACUCCACUGCUGCGCGCAAGACAAGAUCUUGACGUCUAGCCCACGCACUACGACAAAUGGCAGCCGAGAUGGAGCAGCAACGCGCGCCUGAGCUGGCCGUGACCGGGCCCGAGAGCAGCCCGCGCAUGGCGCCUUCUGUGUUGUCGUCCAUGAUGAAGGUCGCGUCAACCAUGGACGAGAACAAGCCCGUCGCACCCGCGGAAGUCUCCAAAUCCGGCCUGACGUGGCCCGAUUCGAGUCUCCAGCCGCUCCGUACCAAACCUACAACGCCCGGAGGCUCCAGUCUCAAGGUGGAGACAUCACCCACCGUCGUCCACACAAGCAACACCGUCGCAACAAUCGACGAAUCUGGACUACCAAAACCCAGCGAUGGUCUCCCGGUGCCCAACAUGAGCUGCGACUCUGUCUCGCCUGUGUCCCCCACCGUUAUGAAAGACCUGCAGUUCGACUCGAGAUUCAUCUCCGACGCCUGGUCCUACGAAGCCCCGCAAAACAUGUACGCACUGUUGACGCAGCCCGCGAACCAGAUGGAUCCUUUGGCGGGCGGAACGGGUCUUGUGACGCCGUACAUGCAGCUACAAGCCCAACAGCAACACCUCCAAAUGCAGCAACAGCAACUAGAGCAACAACUGGAGCAUGGCCUCCCGCUUCAGAUGUCCCCCAUUCACGGGUCCAGUUUGUCGUCACUGUACAUGUCUGGAGCCCCAAUGGGUAUCAAUCCUCAUCAAAUGAUGAUGCAACAACCGCCAAAUGCCUCGGGGAUGAAUCCUGGCUACCCUCCGACGCCCACCGCUGUGACCCUCAGUGACAUUAUGGUCUCGAGUGACCCGAGCAUGUUCCUAGCUCCCAGUAGCAGCCCAACAAACAUGAUCAAGCAGCCAAUGAUGCCACCUAUGCCACACACUGGCGGGGUCAUCAAUGUGAAGGAUCUGACACUCAACGAGUUACGUCCGCACUUCAACAAACCAAUGGCAGUAGUUGCAAAGGAGCUGGGUGUGUGUAUCACGCUGAUGAAGAAGAUCUGUCGUCGCAACGGACUCGUCCGGUGGCCACACAGACGCAUUCGUAGUCUUGUUAAUCGUAUCACAUCGUUGCAAGUGCUGGCAAGCAACGCAGCAGGUGCUGAGCGGAAGCGUUUCCAAGGUCAAAUUGCCGGUCUACGCGAAGAGUUAUCAGCUGUGAUCCAGAACCCAAACGAGAAGAGCCGCAAGGCACAGACCGACGCCAAGGUUCCCAGUAAGGUAGAAAAGAUGAUUGUCACUGAGGUCAAGGACGAGUUUCCAGUUGCCCAGAUCACGGACGAGAUGGUGGGUCCAGCGGAGAUACCUAUUGACGACGAGAGCAACGGCAACGAUAACAUUCAAACAGACAGUGGCGCUGCCAAGAAGAGGAAGAAGAUGAAAUCCACAGCGACAAAGACUGAAACCAAGGAAGUCGUCGGAGUAAAGCGCAACGCGAUUGUUGAAAACGAGAUCUCCCGAACGAAGAAGCGCAAACCAUCCUUUGGCCUUCAUGCGCACCAGCCACCGCCCAUCAAGAUCCCCCGACACGACGAAUUACCCUCCAUGACCCGUUUGCGUAGUCAAAGUGUACCUGAGAGACGACUUCGCGGAGAUCGACGACACGGACGCGGACGGGAUAAAGGCACCGGCGCGAGCUCCACAAGCGUACGACCAUCCACCACGACCCACCGAAACGGCAGGCGUGGCUCCAUCUCGUCCAUCUUGAACGACAUUCCUGAGUGAGUACGAGUCUGAAGCAUUUACCAACCAACACUUCUCCCGCUGUAGCUCCACUCACACGACGAGCCUGCAAUGACCAUAGGAGCUAGUGCCUGUAAACAGAAGAUACACAUACGGAGUGCAGGCCAUAAUCUUUUGCCGUUCAUAUUUUAUGAAAUAAAUACCCACGAUACAUUGGCGUGAGAUGGUAUACGAACCGAGCUUCAAGUUGCAACCGUGAACUUCGUUUCGGAG